AUGUCUCCCAUGCUCCUCCUGUACCUGGGAGCGCGUUUCUCAAUGCGUCACGUCGCCAAGGUCCCCCGCCAGUUCCUUUUCCUGGGCCUCCUCCUGGCUCACGAGUUGUCCCUCAUAUGCCUCGCCAGUCGUACGGACCAACUGCUCGUCCACCAUCUGGUCCACCGCCAAAUGCAAGCAGGUUCCGGCCAGAACAGUCUUCAUUUCCACCUGUACCUCUUCAUACACUGCCGGGAAGUUCUCCACUCCCGGCUCCUAAUUUCAAUCCUAGGGUCCGAGGGGGUGGCUUGGGACCAGAAGCGGCCUUUUCCGCACCCCAACCAACAAAAGCGCAACCAAACUUCAAGUUCGCGUCCUGAUCAAUACUUCUACUCCCACCUCGACGACAUCUCUCGACGUGACCAAGAUCAGGUCGUUUAUCGCUACACUAAACAAGAAGGACUCCCCAAGAUCUUCAUGGUUGAUCAGAUGUGGCUGUGGGUCAUUAAUGGAGGUAUGAGUACUGUUGAUAUGAAUCUGCUUCUCGUCGCUUUCGCUAAUAGACUCGAGCUAGACACUCUGAUCACUUGUCUUCCUGCUAGGUGGCGUACUGAAACCGUCAAGCCGUCGUUGGUGACAACGGUAUUACCUAAAGAUGACCUACUACAAGGCCCAUCAAUCGAGCCACCAGGACCAACAGAUGAUCCUCCUGAGCCUUUCUUCAUGACCCCAGCCGUUGAGGAUUUGAAUCAAGAUCCCGACAUACCGGAUCUCAUUGACGAGAUCAUCGUCGUCGAACCGACUGAUGUGAAAGACUUGCACAUGCACACUAGGCCUCACAGUCAAGAGGGCUUUGCUGCAGAUCCUAUGGAUGUCCAGCAUAGAGUCAUGCGUCAUCUCAAAGAAACAGCGAGAGAGCCCAUCACAUCCAUUUAUGACUUGGCUGGUCUGAUUGCUACCUGCUGUGUUUCUGUGUUUGACGAGAAUCAGAUCCCCGAGGAGAUGCAAUUUUUCGACUUUUUCGAGCGCUCGAUAGGCAGUAUUAUUGAGGGCGCGACUCAGAGCCUCUACGAUUUCAAGAAAGAAUUGAGUUCCGACCCCUACCACCUCGACGAGCCAACGGAUGAUGACCUCAACAUCGCAAAAGAGAUUGACUAUCUUGUUGAGAUAGAAGACAUACAGGAUGAGUUGCGGAUUCUGAAACUAGUGCUGAAAGACCAAAAGAUGGCUUCAGAACAGCUGGACUCCGUCCUUUUGCAGGGGAAAAGGAAGCUUAGCCUUUCUCACCACGAGAGCGAGGAGAUCCAUUCCAUGAUCGACCUGAGCUGCCUCAAACAUCACUCCGACCGGAUAGUCGAGAUGGAGAAACUAGCCAGGACUGCACAUGAUUCGCUUAAGCACCUCAUCGACCUCAAACAGAAACAAGCCAAUUUCUCUGAGGCUAUUUCUUCGCGCAAAUUAGCAAGAGAGACGGCCAAGAACACGGAAUUGCAGAUUCAGCAGACCGAAGAGAUGAAUAAACAAGCAUUAGAGACUGCUAGACAGGGGAAGGUCCUUAUGGUCUUCACGGUCGUCACAAUCAUUUUUCUACCCUUGUCGUUCAUGGCGACUUUCUUCGCCAUCAAUAUCGAUGCCUUCCCCGUCAAUGAGGCUGGCAAGCUUGAACUCGGUUACAUUCUCAAGUACAUGUUAAGCAUUAGCCUCGCCUUGGCCAUUCCAUUUGUGCUGGUCGUGUUCAGGAUCGAUUACGUGAAGCAGAUGGGCAAAUAUGUCCGUGAGGGUGUCCUCAAGGCUGUGAACUCCCCACGUCUUAUCCCAGCUAUUUGUUACAGCACUCUAGGUUUGAUUUUUGUUGUGGUCCCGUCCAUCACAUGGACCUCGAAGCUGGCCACAACGGCAAAGGUCGCAGUCACGAUUUGCCUUGCGCUGGCCGUGGUGCUCGUCGCUGUAGGUGUGGGUCUGAAGAGGUUGGUAAACCUGGCGCGGAGUACGGCAGAUCGUUCGACGGUGACUAGUGGUUCGGAGUACUUUACUGAGACGAGCAGGCGUUGA